AACGCAUUUGAUACCAAUUCACAUUACCUGCGUGUAUAGCUUCUAAAUGCAAUCGCUCCAAGGCGCGCGGGCGUCGCAAUGCCACUUUGCACACAGUCGAUGUCUCUCCCGAGCAUCGCGAGUCAUCGGCGCACAUAGAGCGACAUGUCGCGCCGCGGCUGCCCCGGCCGCGCCCGCCUCGGCCGCUCAGCCUCACCAGGCCGUGCCGCACGAGCUGCCCUUGUUCCCGGUGCAGCCCAUCGGCGUGUUCCUGCCGGGCAUGACCAAGACGUUGCACCUGUACGAGCCGCACUUCAUCGCAAUGGUGGAGGAGGCGAUGGCCUCGCCCCACAAACUCAUGGCCACUGCCGUGCUGGAGCCCUACAUGGGGGGACAGCAGCAGCCCGGCAGUAGCAGCAGCCCUGAUAGCAGCGAGGCCGGCGGCAGUAGCGGCAGCAGCGGCAGCAGCGGCGAUAGCAGUAGCAGUGUGGAGGCGGAGGCGGAGCGGGCCGCCAGCCGGGGGGAGGACGCGGCGGGCGGGCCGGGCUCCUUCGUGGGGGGAUACAACUUCAGCCUCUCGUGCGGAUGCCUGGUGCAGGUCUUGUCCGCCAAGCCCUACACGGGCGGCUACCUGGUGCGCAUCCGCGGCGAGGGCAGGCUGGGCAUCAGCGGCCUGCCGCAGACCGGGCCCUACAUGCGCGCACAGGUGUACCCGCUGCCCGACCAGCCCCUGGCUGCCGGCGAGGAGGGGCGGCAGGCGCUGCAGCGGCAGGCGGAGCACCUGCAGGACAUCAUGAGGGACGUCCAGAACCUGUCCAGCAAGUUCCGCUGUGACGAGACGGCGGCGCUGCAGCAGGCCAUGCGCUGGCUGCACGGGUCGCCGCUCACACCCGGCAUCAGCGCAGGGCCGGCGGGGCUCGCCGGGGACGGGGCGGCCGCGGAGGGGGCGGGCGCGUUGAUGGGGGAGGCGACAGCAGCAGGAGCAGGCGGGGAAGAGAUGGAAGGGGAGGAGGAGGAGGAGGUGUUUGACCCGGAGCUGGCGGUGCGGCUGUCCUGGGCGGCGCUGCAGUGGCUGCCCUUCUCCACAACCGAGGAGCGCAUGCGCAUCGUGCGCAGUCGGCUGCUGGCCAUGGACACCCGCGAUGUGGCGGCCCGCCUGGGGCUGGCGGCGGAGGCCAUGGCGGAGGCGCGGGCGGCGCUGGCGGCCCGCGUGGCACUUAAGGAGGCGGCGGCCUUCGGGCAGUAGCAGUAGCAGUGGCAGCUGCGGCGGCGGCGAGUGGGAGAAGCAGCUGUAGCAGCAGCGGCGAGUGGCUGUAGUGGUGUGUGGAAUGUAGUACGCUUGCAGGCACGGUUAUGGGCGAGGGGCGUGAGCGGCAGCAGUGGUAGUGGUGAGGUGAUUGGUGCAGGUUUUGUAGUAGGGAAUGUGAGAGAAGCUUGAGGCUUGAGGGACUGGGUGAGAGGGGAGGUGCUAGUUGGUACGAAAGUAAGGUGUUCUGGGUAUGCUGACGUUGGCUUUGGGAAUGCCGUAUGGCUCGAGUUAUUGGAAAUCCAAGGCUGCUAUUGGGGCAUGCCGGUUUUGAUGUUGGUUUUAACUAAACCUCCGGCUGUCAUGAAGGGCUCGUGCGUUGCAUGUUUGGCUGUGAACUUGAUUGCGCGAGAGAGACAGUCUGGGGGCACUGAGUCACGGACAGCGCGCGCGGGCGCACACGCCCAGAGGCAUACGGUAUGUGCGGGACCAAAUGCGGAAUUGCGGUUCUUAUCAGCUGCAGGGGUUCUCUUUGGGCGGCGAAUGGCCGGUCCCUCAUUGAGACGUCCCUUCCUGUAAUGUCUCAU